AUGGGCAGCCCCGCGCUGCCCGGGGAACUCGCCGCGAGAUGCCCGCCCGCCCCGCGGAUUUGCAGCCCGUCGCUGCAGCUGCCCGAGCCGCGAGGUCGCGCGCUGGCGCCCGGCAGCGGGAGGCGUCCCACUCGCGGCGGCGGCGGCCACGGCCACUAGGGGCGCGCGAGGCCUGCUCCCCACGAGGCGCCGACGAGGCCUGCGCGCCCGCCUGCCUGCCCUGCUGGCCGGAGCCGCUUGGAGCGCCGCGCCGCCUGCCCGCCGUUCGCUCUCCCCGCGUGACUCCCGCUGACCUUGCCCCCGCCAGUCCGCGCGCCCUGCCCUCCUCCUCCUCCCCCGCUGUCCUCGCGGCCGGUUCCGGUGAGUCACCCGCGCGUCGCCGGCUGCACCUGCCGGGGGAGGAGGGAGCGAGCCGGGACUGCGCACCUGCCCAGCCGCCCGCUCGCCCUUCCCCCUCGCCGCCACUGCAGCAACCCCGAGGGGGCUGGCCAGUGCCAGGCCGCUGCCCCUCGGGGAUCGCGCGGCGGAGCUGCCCUCGGGAUCCGUCUCCGGAGAGCCGCUUUCGAGCAGGCGGCGACCCUCCCGCAGGCCCGUUGGGGCGGGCGGGCGAGGGGCUUCCAGGGAGAACUCCGGGCUGGCGAGGCCAAGAUGGUUGCCAGCUGCCCCGGCAUCCAGGGCGGCCGAGAAAACAGCGGGGACUCACACGCGGGGAAGCGGCUGCCGAGCGCCGGCUCCUCUGCCCCUUUAAGCGGCGCGGGCCCUGCUCUGCCAGUGGUCCGGAUUUCCAAGCUGGCUUCUGGUCCUUUGCCAAGGACUGAGCGCUCGUUAACAUUCAGCCUGGCGCUCCCGGUGCCAAGCUGCCAGGCUCCAGAGAUUCCUGGCUCUUGGGCCCCUGCAGGCCGGCCGCGUCAGGCAACUCAGCAGGCGCCUUGCGGAGCCCUACCGGGGUGGGGGGCUGCCGGGCCGCCCUGCUGGCGAGCUCCCAAGUCCGCACGGUGUACUCUCUAGCAUCGUUAGGAGUAGAUUAUGGGCAGAGCCAACCUGUUAAAAACACGUGUUGCUUCUUUCCUGCAGCUCCAGAUUUUUUACAUGCUGCUCAGCUCUAUGAACCUGUUGCGCAGCGCAGCCCCCGCGUUCCUUCUUCCCAUACAUGCUCCAUUCGCCUUCCAUAACCCACUGCACCAUCUAGAGGCUGCUUUGUCUUUCAAUGGAAUGACGGGCUUUAUGUGAGUUUGAGUCCUUGGGCUGUGUGUGUGUGUUAAAAAGAGAAAGAGAGAGUAUCUCUGCAUCUUCCUGGGAGAGAGGGGUCUUGUGAGGAAUGUGAAUUUCUUAUCAAAAGACCCCCCCCCCCAAAAAAAGAGUGUCUCUUAAGGAUUCCUGCUGCUCCUCUUUGCUCCUACUCAUCUCUCCAGGCUAAUCCUCCACUCCUUGCUUGCUCCAGGCUUUUCUGCUACUGCCCACUGCUCUGGAGCUAUGUUUAUCCCCCCCCCCCACUUUUGUUUCAUUUCAUCUUAAAUUAAAUCAUAUCCAAGGCUUGAAGUUUGCUUUUCCCUAGUACAUCACUCGAUGCUGAUGUUUGGAAAAGCAACGCACUGCAGUGGAACUGGCCACUUCUAGCUUUUAAGUUUGAUCUUCACCCACUAGUGAACUCUGACCCCAAUUAGGAUGGCGUUUGCAUGUUCCCAUUGUAGCUACAAAUCUGGCUAAGGUAAUGUGCCUGUUGCCCAGCCCAGUCUCAAUGGACUUUGCUCUGUUUACUUUGUAGGUAGGCCUGCAAGGCUUUGUUUGCAUAAGAUACCAGGUAACUGGUGUGAGGCUGCACCUGCGUUAGAGACUGGGGAAGGGUUAUUCUAGUUGGGUGUUAAGACUAGGAAGCAUGCAGCUGGUAUUCAAAAGUUACCUUUUCCCUUUUAUUUUCUGUCUGCUUCAAAAGCUUGCUGGAGCAUCAAGGACGUUGAUGGGUUGAGAUCAUGUUCAGCUACAUGGUCUUCCCAGAAGCACAGUACACUUCCUGUUCCUGUUCCUUCAGGUGUUUCCAGUUCUUAAAAGAGAACUGAAUGUUACUCUAAGACAGAUUUAUGAGGAGAGAAAUUGAAGUAGCAACGUCCCUCCUCUUAACUCACACAAGAGUCAAAAGGAGGGAGGUUGUCACUUGAAUGGCCCUCCUUCAAAAUCUGUACCAUUAAUUAAAUCCCAUUAAUUUCCUGGUGGGUGGUGUUCAGAGGGCUGCAUUUGUUUAUCUCACACCGCAGUCCUUGAAUGGCAUGAUCCUCUGCAUUUGCCACCUGAGGCAGCUCCUUGCCUGCGCCUUGUGGGUACAGCUGCUUAUGACUGAAAAGGCCCUGCCCAUGUCCUUCAGCUUGGUUCCUACUGUGUUCAAGGGGAGGAAGCGAAUCUUCGUGAAAGCGUGGGUGAUCCUCAGAAGAGCGACUCUCAGCAUUGGCUUCUCUCCCUCAACCACCCGCAGGUUUUGA